UUCAUGAUCUGCCUGCCUCAACCUUCCAAAGUGCUGGGAUUACAGGCGUGAGCCACCGCGCCCAGCCAGGACCACUCUCUUAUGCCUCCUGUCAAAACCCUCUAAAACUCCCUGGGGUCCAAUCCCUCUUGGUUUAAUCUUCUGUCACCUCUGUCAUCUCUAACCCACCUGGCUCAUCAGGGAGGUACAGGAAGCUGAAGAAAAGGAAGUCCCUCAGAAUUCACUGGAGGAAUAUUCUGCCACUUGUUCAAUUUGCCGUGACCCGUCCGACUCCCACCUGCCUCAGAGGUGUGCCAAAAUCACACCUGAGGAAGAGAAAGUCGACUCUGCUCUGGAUAUAGGCAGUGAAUCUUCACAUUAAAAAGGGGAAGAGGAAGUGCUAAACAUUCUCCCAGAAAAUCAAAAUGAUAAUGAAGAAGAGGAAAGGAAACAGCCAGUGUCUCCCAGAGUCUCACUCAGUCAUCCAGGUAGAGUGCAGUGGUGCAAUCAUGGCUCACUGCAGCUUCGACCUCCCUUGCUCAAGUGAUCCUCCUGCCUCAGCCUGGUUUCAACUGCUUAAUCUCUCUCAAGCACAGUAAUCUACAAUCAGUUGACCCAAGUGAACUCACCAAACUCAUGGAUUUCCUGAUAUCACCUGUCCUCUUCCAUGUGGUUAAAUCCAGGAAGCACCUUGUACUCAUUUGAGAAACAGCAAGUCCACUUGGCUCCUGAUGAGGGAGGAGUGCUCCACUGUGAAUGUGAUAAACAUCCAAAUGAUGUCUCAGGACUUAAACAUAACAAAGAGGAGGUCCAAGACCCAUCAUGCCCCAGGCUCAGCAGGCAGUUUCUGGAGGUAGAAGAGUGGGAUGUUUCAGAAGACUCACUGGAUGAAGAUUACUUGACUCCUUCGAUUGAACAUAACCUGUCUGACUGCCACCAGCCUUAUAGGAGCAUCUUGUGCUCAUUGGAGGAACAGCUCGCCUGCUCUGCUCUGGAUGCAGCCUAUGAGUACUCCACCCUGAAGGUCAUAAAGUUCCACUGGUCUCCCUCCCAGGCAACCUCUAUAUAUUUUUGUUUCUGCAAUUUGUACAUGACAUUCCUGCACUUAGAUUGUUUUGAGCCUGGCUCUUGGAUCUAGUUUUAAACACAGACAUCCAAUGGGUGGAACUUUCCUCUCCUCUUGUCUUAGGUGACUCCUGUGUCACCCAGCUCCUUCUCACAAGCGUGGAUUGUGGGCAUCGAGACAGGCUGGUGUGGAGAACAGUAAGGUGCAACUGUAAAUGCUUGGCUACCAAUAGCUCAGCUGAAGACUUCUUUUAAAAAUUUUUUUAAAUUUUUAAAAUUUAUUUUACUUUAAGUUCUAGGAUACAUGUGCAGAAUGUGCAGGUUUGUUACAUAGGU